AUGCAGCUGGCGGUGGAUUCUCCUCUUCCUGUCUUCGCCGCCUCCUGGUUUCAGUCGCCGGGCUUCGACAGUUCUCCGGCACCUGCCAUAAAAGCGAUCUCGUGA